AUGUUGGCAGUGGCGACGGGGGUGCCGCGGGCAUCCCGAUGGCCUGCACGAUUGGUCGUCGCUGGGGCGACGCAUCCACCACUGGACCAAUCCGCGCAUCUGCCACCCUAUCGUGUCGUCGGGGGUAACGGUGGCGGCGGCGUCGCGGGAACAGAGGCGGAGGGCGACCGGUGCUACCAAUACGAGCUACCUCGACCAGGUUACCCCGGCAUCACCCUGGCUAACGAUUUGUCCGGAGGUACCGGGGGUCCCGGUGCGGGCGGCGUCGGUUCCGUCGGUGGUACCUCCGUUGGCGGCGGAGGCGGCGGCGGCGGUGGCGGCGGCGGUGGCGCCGGCAGCUCAACUUCUCCGCGGCAGCCGCCGCCAAUUGCGGCCAGAACAAGCUGA